CCGCUAACGUUUUGUGGGUGGGAGUAACAAGAUAACUAAUUGGGGUGUCGAACCAGCACAACUGAGAACUGAGGACUGAGGAGCCCUCCCUUUUCAUCACUUUCCACUCCAAAUUUCAACCCAAAACCAGGCCCUGCUCCUGGUGAGUUUCUCAAAAUCCAUUAUUUUUCGGAUUAUGUUUUAAUUUCUGUCAUUUAGGAAAUCGGAAAAAAGGUGAAUUUUUUUGAGAGUUUAGAGCAAUGUCACACCUGGUUCUCCACUGUCCACCGCUCUCGCCCUCCCAGUAUCGUCGUCACACUCCGUCAUCACCACCGUCUUCAUCUUCGUCAUUAUCGUUAUCCUUAAGUUCAACGGCGUGGAGUAACCCCACGAGUCAUGGGGUUCGCCUCAGUUCGCGGUCUUUAACGAUAAGGUGCAUGGCGAAGCCACGGCGAGUGGCAAUGGUGGCUAAGCAGAUUAGAAGGGAACUCUCUGAUAUGCUCCUCACGGACACCACCUUACAGUACGCCAUUUUACCUGAAGCUGCUUUGGGAGCUGACCGUUAUCUCUCUUCUCUCACCACUAUUAGCGAUGUUGAAGUUUCCUCUGACUUGCAGGUGGUUAAAGUAUAUGUAUCUGUUUUUGGUGAUGAAAGAGGGAAGGAGGUUGCCCUUGCUGGGUUAAAGUCGAAAGCUAAAUAUGUUCGUGGUGAGUUGGGAAGGCGUAUGAAGUUGCGAUUAACUCCUGAAAUUCGCUUCAUAGAAGAUGAGUCUUUAGAAAGAGGAAGCAGGGUGAUAGCAAUUUUAGAUAAGAUAAAAAACGAAAAGAAGACUACAGAAAGUGAAGAUGAUGAGGAAAUAGAAUCAUCUGAUGCACCUGAAGAUGGCAGAGAUUGGCGGAGUGAUGAUCCUGAUGAAGAUAUUAUUUACAUAAAGUAAUUUUUUCUCAAGGUUGAUUACCAUUUUACUUGUUAAAUUGAGGCAUAGCUUCGCUUGCCACAGGUUAGUUGUAAGAAUCACAGUGAGAUUACAAGCUUGAUAUUUUUCAUUUCUGAUCAAUAGAUUCGGUUAUUUAUUUUU